CGCGCAUAAUUUUAAAUGUAAAAAACAAAGAGAACCGAUGGAGUACUUCUUUACUUGGAUAAAAUUAUGACCAAUAAGAUAAAAAAAAUAAAUAAAUAAAAAGGAAACGGAUAUUUCUCUAUUGCUCUCUUUCUCAAUUUCCCAUUGUAGCGCACUCCACAUUCUCCAUUAAUAUUUCUGUCCUCCGUUGAAGCAGCUUCUGAGUUGUAGGGCUGAUGAAUCCUGAAGAUGAACAGACAGUGUACAUUUGGUAUGCAGGGAUCUAGCUGAUAUAUGUUUAUAUGCUUUCAUUAGCCUGGCCAUAUUCAAUUAAGGAAUAAAUUUAGUACGUCGAUAUCAUGAAUUCUUUCUCAUUAUCCUCAUCUUUCUUGUGUCCAUCAUCCUACCCACAACCUCCACUUUCUAAUAGAUUAAUACUCCAUUCUAAUUGCCUCCACCAGUAUUCUCAAAGCCGAUGCAGUUAUUUUCGUCGCUCUGUUGGAGUUUCCUAUAAUCAGUUUUAUUCUCCCCAUGUAUGCUACUCAUUAGUUUGUGCUGCAACUCCACAAGAAGGGGUUGUUGCUGUUAUGAACUUUGAUGAGUUAGUUGAGAAAGAUUGGUCAUUCCUUGAAUCUGGCAGCACAAGUUCUAAGGAAGAACAUGACAAUAAGACUGACCAAAUCAUCUCUGCUGGAAAAAUUGUGGAGACCUCAAAGGUCCUGGUUUCUAUAGGUUCAGAUGAAUUUGUUGAUCAGUUGGUCAACUCUUCUCCAUCCCAACUUUUGCUAAUCGUUCAUGAGUCCCUCCUAUCACUUGCAUGUAUUAAAGAGAGGCAUGACAAAGUUAAGUGUUGGCAAGGAGAAUUAAUAUAUGUACCUGACAAGUGGGCUCCCUUGGAUGUUGUUUUCCUUUAUUUCUUGCCAGGUUUGCCUUUUAAACUCGACGAGAUCUUCAAAACACUUGCUAGUCGCUGUGCACCGGGUGCAAGAGUGGUGAUCAGUCAUCUCCAAGGUAGGCAGUCAUUAGAGCAGCAACGACAACAAUACCCUGAUGUCGUUGUGUCUGACUUACCCGAGAAGAUGACUUUGGAGAAGGUUGCAUCUGACCAUUUAUUUGUGCUAAAGGAAUUUGUUGAUGAUUCAAUCUUUUAUCUGGCAGUUUUGGAGUUCAAGUUUUGAACUAUUUCGUUUUUGUGAAUUUUGUUGGAGGAAUAUGUUAUUGAUCCUGAUGUUACAACUUUUCAAAGCAGUGUUUGUGAAAUGGAUGAGUAGAAUGCAAAGCAUGAAAAUCAUCCAUUGCUAGUUAUGGUGGUUGUGAAUUUGUGAUAAUUUAAUUUAAUCUUCAGUUCUAAACAAUUUUGUGUUA